GCAGUCGCACCGAAUCAUGGAACAAAAUAAUAAUACGACGCUGUUAACUUCCACUGGCGAUUAGGCGUCUAGUGUCUACCAAUAGGCAAUAACGUUAUUCAUCAUCAACGAUUUUUACUUAAUAAUUACGAAUACGCCGAACACCGAACAACGACGUCGUCUUCGAUUUACAUCGUUCUUUUUUACUACCGGUGCCGGGCAUUGUGAUAUUACGUUUAGUCGGUGUAGACCGUGUACAGUGUAAAUUCUGAAAUUUUGUUUGUUUCAUUGUCAACGAGAACUUUGUCGGUUUGUGACGUCGAAUUGACCUGCUCGCAGUAUUCGUAUCGAAGUCUUCAACAACCGUAUACAUUAUACAAUGUAAUAUGGAAAUCAAUCUGAUUUUAAGCUUGCCGAUAAAUAACAAUAAUUCUUAAGCUGAUAUUAAAUAUUUUAAAUAACCAAAAUAUUCGAAAACUCAAAUUUGACAAUGUAUACCUUAUCAAAACUAGCAUAUUUUGAAUGUAAUGAAUUGCAAAAACAUUGGUAUAAUACUACACCAAAUAAUGUAAUUAAAAUUGAUAUCCAUCAUUGUUGCGAACAUUUAAUUUUAUAUAUGAAAGGAGAAAAAAAAAUUAGACCUCAGUUAGAUACUCUCAUAUGUAACGCUGCUUCAGAUGCUGGACAUUUAGAUUGUAUAAAAUUGGCUCGCAGAUUAGGGUUUUCUUGGGACAAAUAUGUUUGCAUGAAUGCUGCUGAAAAUGGUGAUUUAGAUUGUCUAAAAUAUGCCCAUGAAAAUGGUUGUCCAUGGAAUAGAAGCGUUUGUUACACCGCCGCAAGAUAUGGUAAUUUGGAUUGUUUAAAAUAUGCUCAUGAGAACAAGUGUCCUUGGGACAAAUAUACAUCCAAUUGGGCCGCAAAUUGUGGUAAACUUGAUUGUUUGGAAUACGCAUUUAAAAAUGAAUGUCCUUGGGAUGAAAGAACAUGCAUGUUGGCUGCUCAUAACGGAUAUAUUGAUUGUUUAAAAUUUGCCCAUGAAAAUGGGUGUCGAUGGGAUUCAGAAACGUGCAAAUGGGCUGCAGAUAGUGGACAACUGCAGUGUUUGAUAUAUGCUCGUAGUCAUGGUUGUCCGUGGUCUAUUGAUACAUGUACCAUGGCUGCAGCGAAAGGCAAUCUGGAAUGCUUAAAAUAUGCUCAUGAAAACGGGUGUGAAUGGGAUAAAAAAACAUGCACUAUGGCUGCCACUAAUGGACAUUUAGAUGUUUUGAUGUAUGCCCAUGAAAAUGGAUGUCCGUGGGAUGAAUGUACAACUUUUUGUGCUGCAGAAAGUGGACAUUUAGAUUGUUUAAUUUAUGCUUUUACUCACGGAUGUGGAUGUGAUUAUAAAACGGCCAGUGCUGCCAGUAGAAAUGGGCAUUUGGAUUGUUUAAAAUAUCUACGUGAAAAUAAAUGUACUUGGGAUUCAUUUUCAACCUAUGGACCUGCAAAAAAUGGACAUAUGAAUUGUCUCCAAUAUGCCCACGAAAACGGAUGUGAAUGGCAUGAAGAUACAUGCUAUAUCGCUGCAGUGAAUGGACAUUUUGAAUGCUUAAGAUACGCUCGAAAAAAUGGUUGUCCAUGGGAUCUUAAAACACGUCAAUGGGCUAUCAAUCAUGGAGAGUUUGAGGACUGUUUAUAAUGUAUUUAUGGAAAACAGAUGAAUGAUUUAUAUACAGGAUGAUAUUCAUUUUAUUUUACUACUAAAUAUUUUAAAUUUCUUUUGUAGCUACAUGACUACUGUUUUCAAUUUUUCGAUAUCUGUUCAGGAACAGUUCUUAAAUGUAAUUAAUACUAUAAAAAUAAUGUUGAAUUAUUUAAGUUUAA